CUUUUGCCCGAGUUGAGUGUUUGGCGCGCGUAGCAUUAACACUCGAGAACCUGUCGGCGAACGAGCUACGUUUGAUUUGAAAGAGCUUGCUUGUAAUUAAAAAAAAAUGGCUGGAGGUAAAGCUGGGAAGGAUUCAGGAAAAGCCAAAGCGAAGGCGGUUUCGAGAUCUGCACGUGCGGGUUUACAGUUUCCAGUGGGGAGGAUUCAUAGGCACUUAAAGAAUCGUACAACAAGUCACGGACGCGUUGGGGCCACAGCAGCCGUUUAUUCGGCUGCUAUUUUGGAAUAUCUAACCGCGGAGGUGCUUGAAUUAGCUGGUAACGCAUCGAAAGAUUUAAAAGUGAAACGUAUCACGCCGCGUCAUCUUCAAUUAGCUAUUCGUGGUGAUGAGGAAUUGGACAGUUUGAUAAAAGCAACGAUUGCAGGUGGUGGUGUAAUUCCGCAUAUUCAUAAAUCGUUAAUCGGAAAGAAAGGGGCACACUCUCAGCCUGCUUAGGUUGAUUAAAAUAACCGCUACGUUUAAUUAUAAACUAUUACUACUACUGCUGUAUGUACAAAAUUUACUUUAAUUAAUAAUGACUUAAAAUGAAAUCAAUGAAAAAAGAAACUAACUAACUGAUGAUGAUGAUGUGGUGUCUCAAUGAUGUGUUUUAAUAUUGUUGAACGCGUUCAUUACCUGCCAUAGUGUAGCGGAAUUUUUUUUAAAUAAUAAUUUAAAUUUGUAUGAUGAUUAAAUAAUGUGGGGUUUUUAUAAAGGAGGCAAAAUAAAAAAAAUUGUGGGUGAA